AUGAGCGAGUCGGUGCCGCAGGACGAGCCGAGGAAGAGCCGAGGGAACCCAAAACAUGACUUGAGGGACUAUCACUCAGAUGCAGAGAAUGUGGCUGAGGAGCGGCAGAGGUGCGGCAGGACGGUGUCGGAGCCGCUGCAGGCCGGCGAGCCCGAGCCGCAGGAGCUCUGCAGCAGGAAGAAGCCAGCGCUGGUCAGGUCCAAAACCUUCGACCACUCUCUGCUGUCUCAGAUACAGACGGACUCCGAUUCCAAGAUGGAGAGGAAGAAGUCUCACUACAGCCAGCUUUCCAAGAGCAACUCGCAGUACCAUAAAAUAUUUAAAGAGGUCAGCAAAGAGGAGCUGCUCAGACAGAGUUACACGUGCGCCUUGCAGAAGGACAUCCUGUACCAGGGACGCCUGUUUGUGUCCGACAACUGGAUCGGCUUCCACUCCAAGGUGUUUGGAAAAGACACCAAGAUCACCCUCCCGGUGGUUUCUGUCACCCACAUCAAGAAGACAAAAACCGCUAUCUUGGUGCCAAAUGCUCUGGUGAUUGCCACGGCAACCGAUCGGCACGUGUUUGUGUCCUUCCUGUCCAGAGACAACACCUACAAGUUCCUGAUGUCCGUCUGUUUACAUCUGGAGGAGAAGAGUCCCUGCAGCAGCCCCGUCCCGUCCUCUGCAGAGCACAGCUUCAGAUGUCAGAGGUCACCUCGCUCGCCCCGCUUUCCUCUGGGUUUUCCGGCCGACUUCAGCGACCUGGACGGGGCGGUGAGGCAGAGGAGGCAGGACAUGGAGGAGAGCAGCAGCUCCGACUCGCAGACACCUGACUACGACAAGCUGGCAGAGUUUCCCGUUCCUCCUUUCCUGGACGUGUUGAAGCACGGAGAGAGCGCCCCUGCCGACCAAUCAGAGCCCGAGGUGAAGAAGCAGCAGCAGCAGAGCCCGAAGAGCAGCGACGCCAAGCAGCACGAGCAGCACUACGCCGACUCAGAGGUUGUUGUAGACGGCAGGACUCUGAAGCCGGUUUCUCUCAACACACUGCUGUUUGUCUACCUGUUUCUAGUGUGUGUGUUGGUGCUGUCCUCAUGUUACAUGGCCUUUAAGAUCGUCUCCCUGGAGCAGAGGCUGAGUGCGCUGGGCUCCAUGAGUGACUUCCACCAGCCGGAUGAGUUUCUGCGAGGAAGUGCUGAUAUGAACACAGAGCUCUACUCUGAGCUGACACUCAACCUGAUGAAGCUGGAGAAGGUGCAGAGGAACCUGCAGAGACUGCUGGACGAAGCCACCUGAACUCAUCACACAGCACCGGGAUGGCUGGC